CCUCCAUUCACUUUCGCACUUGUUUGUUCAAACUGCUGUGGGCGUUGGUUGAGAAUAGGCCUUAUAUCGGACGGGCCCAGGGACAGCAGCCGUCGUGAGCGUACUUGUGUACUGGCCGUGCAAGGACCCCGACGCUCCAACAUGUCGCCUCCAGCGGAACACUUGUCGCACGCUAACCUUGUGACUGCCUUGAACUCUGACAAUGUCGAGACUUUACUCUCGGGGUUAACGGCUUUCGACCGGUCGCUUGCCAGAUUAGUUUACGAAGAGGUGGACAGUGAAGUCUCGAAUGAUGCAGAGUUGCUCAAGGCGUACUUGAAGCAGUCGCCUGAAGCUACCGAGCUUUUCCGAAUAUGGUCAUUUCAGCAGGAGAACGCGUUAGACCGGAUAGGCAGUGUGAUAGUCGAUGUGAUCGCUCGCAUAAUCGAGGGAUCGAAACUGGUGGAGCUGUACCCAUCCGGGCUCUUCAUUGCUCGUCGCGUUGUGCGUGAAUAUAUGAAGCAGCUAUACCGAGGGUUGUCCUCAGGAAAGAACAGCAUGAUGCAGUCGACGCUGAGGUUGUUCGUGGCCGUUGCGCGCUUCAAUCCUUCCACGUCGAAGGAACUAGUGGAGAACUUCAAUUUCACAAUGAAUGCCAUUCCGAAACUGCUUUCCACACGGCAAAAGUCCCAAAGCAGCAAAAGUCACCGGGCUGAAGAUGUUCGUAGCCUCUACGUAAAAUAUCUGCUGGCAUUAUUGGAGCAUGGGGACGGAACGACGAAGAAGUUCUUGAUGGAAACGAAGAACUUGUUGAGCAGCAUAUUCAAAGGGCUACCGGAGGACGACAUCGAACUUGUGCGAACAGUAACUGAGACCUUACGCCGGACUGUUGUGGACGAUGCUACUGUACCACGCACAGUCAAGAUCGCAUUCUUCAAUAACUAUGUACUCGAGCAGUUGAGCAGAUUGUACGGUCGCACAGACGUGGACGAGUCAUCUUCUACUUGCAUCGCGGAUGUUGGGCACGCCUUUCUAUUGCACCUCUGCUCGAAUCCGGGUGUCGGCGUGUGCUUUCAGGACGCUGGAUGGUACCCAGCAAAGUCCAACACAGGCGCAAAGAGCAUUCGCGUGUACAACAAAGUGCUGCUCAAAUUCUUGGUAGCUCUGAGACCAACCGAGGACGUUCGACAACAGGAUCUCGUCCUAGCUGUACUGAAAAGCUGUCCGGAACUGGUGCACCCGUACUGGAACGAGCUAGCAUCUCUGUCUAUGGACCCUCGCCCGUCAACGAAAUGGUUAGCCAAUAUGGCGCUGGCUGCAAAAGUGAUUAGCCUCCCCGUACCACCGAUCUUCGGCGCCAAUGAAGUCGGAUCACUCCCUCCGCCUGUGGACACCGUGGCACAGAACAUUCUACCUUCACAGCUGGAUCGAUCCGUCAACAGCCGCGCCCUUCAGCACCCCAAUUCGAUGAUAAAGCACACCGUCGCCGUUGUUUUGGGGCUUGCGUUCGCAAAGUUGGCUGCCGUGCAGUCCAUGGUUGGAGACAUUGUCCGCACUAUCACGUCGUCGUCAACACAAGUAUCAUUUGCGUUUGGAAACGUUGACGAAUUGCUGAGUGCGUGGGCGAAAUUCAGCUCGGAUCUUAUCGAGGAUGUACGAAGGCGGGCACCGGAUUUGCAGAUUGUGCUGGCCAUGCAACACCAGCAGCUGAAGCAAGGAGGGGAUACGACCACGGCACCACAACCCAGUCCAACGAAUGCAGAGAUAGAUGGGACGGAAGAUGUUCUGGAAGAGAUAUCAACGGAGGUGCUGCACUGCGCCGCAUUACGCCUGAUCCAACAGUACCAGCGGCAGUUCCCGGACGCGAUUAUCGAAGCUCGCGUCAAUUACGGAAAGUUCCUGCCGGCAGACCUGACUACCUGUUCGCCGGAUUUACAGCUGCAUUUACUCAGACUGAUAGGAGAGGUACCCGAAUUCAACUGGAAGGAACGGGCACCGAACGCCUCGGGAUCACAUCUGUACACCAUUCUCCGUCUUUUCCUCGUCACGGACGUUCCUGAAGUCAGAGACGCGGCAACCAACGUAAUCACCCGGAUCCUCUCAGACUCGCUCCUAUUCCAACACCACGUCGACGAGAUCCCCAUUUGGCUCGACACUUUGCAAUCAAACCCCCCAGAACGUCGAGACGCAAUCCUAUCCUGGAUCGACGAGGCCUUCUGCACGGGAUCUCGCACGCCUUACCGCCUCGUAGACCGUAUGUCGCAACUCAUUCAAUCCGCCGAUAGCCAGAUGGACGAAACCGAGAAGCGGGUGGCGGAUCAUAUCCUGGCUACACGGAAGCGGACGUUCAAUGCACCGUAUGAUGAUCUUCAAUUGCCGUAUUUCCCGUUCAGCCCCGCUUUGAUGUGUGUUACGGAUGGGCUGCAGGCGUUGUUGAGAAGGAAUGUGGAGAACGAGUCGGCGCAGGCGGAGGCUUCGAUGAAGUUUUUCACUGCGCUUGUUGUGGACGUUGUACAUGGGACGCAGGGGACGUCGCGAUACGCUUUGUCGCUUGUCGGCACGAUUGAGGGCAAGAAAGUCCCACUUGAGGUGCUAGCUUCGUAUUUGGAAGGAUUUCUCUCGGGAAAGCGGGGCGAGAGUGCGCAAACCCUCCUUACAUCCGAGGGUCGGUCUUCCCCACGUCUCACGGACCUCUUCAGUUUCUCCGGGACGCACACGGAACAGGCGACGGAACGGUAUGUGGAGGCGCUGAAAAUCUACGGUGAUACGCGGAAGUGGUUGGAAUGGACACGACAUACUUUCCUCGAAGUGGGCCGAGUGGUCAGGCUGAAGGAUGAGGCGAAGAUAUCCCUUUGCUUCAGGGUACUAGAGGCCAUUGUUUCGACGGCUCGCCCGGGCAAUGUGGGUCCCACGAGCGCGGUGUUAACGGCACCGAUUACGGGAAAGCUGGCUGCUAGCGAGGAGUAUGCUCGAAUCCGUGAUGUCAUUUUUGGACAUCCCUAUUUGACAGACAAUUACGUGGGAACGUCGCCACAAGCAAAAUUCCUAAGCCCAGCGGUAGUCGAUCUCGUCCAUCGUUCAAUGACCGCAGAAUCCGAAGCAAACUUCAACGCGAACUCGACGUCACCUGUCUGGACAAGCUACUGCGACACAAUCCGCGACCUCCUCCUAUCCGAGCUCAGCACAACCACUAUCUCCCAAACCUCCGUCACCCUCUUCAAAUCCUUCCGCCAAUUCAUGCCCCCGCAAAGCCUUAACACAAUCCUCCAACACCUCCUCACCAACCCCACCUCACCCGACGAUCUCCUCUACCUAGCCCUAACAGCCCGCUCCGGAACCGCCGAACAGAUCAUCACCCCCGAUUUCUUCCGAAAACUCAUCGCAAUGAUCCCCACCGCAUCCAACGCGGAGGUGGAACGUGUGGUUUUGAAGAUCAUCUACGAUGGCGUGCUUCCGUUGCCGCUUGCGAUGGAGCGGAGGACGGGGGAGGUUUCGUGGGCGCUGUUCAAAGUCCGGGGGGAGCGGGAGGGGGCGGGUGCGGAUGUUACGGCUUUGUUUGAUGGAGAGAGUGUCCGGUUUUUGUUGAAAGGUUUGAGUGGGGAGAGUGGUGAUACGCGGGCGGAGAUCUUGCAGGUGUUGGUUGCGUAUAAUCCCAGCUGGCGGGAUUGGGUUGCGACGCAGUUUGCGAAGAAGGAUGUGGUUGACAGGUUGUCGGAGGUUGCCGUUUUGAGGCUUUAUGCGGGCUUAAUGUCGGGUUUCACGGUGAGAUCGCGGUCCAACGCUAGAGAUGCGUUGGACACCGUGGACUGGAUUUCGUCAAUGGCGAAGAAGCACAAAAUGACUGUUCAAGCCUUGCACGCGCGUGCGGCACCUUUGAUUCGCGAGUGCUUAUUGGAAGGAUCACUUGGCGGUUGCCAUCGUCUGAACAUUCUGGAUACCGACAUCCUGUUCAGAAGCGCGUCACUGUUUGGGAAGGGCGAUGGCGAAACUCCCCUUCUGGAUGAACUUCUGUCUCAAGCGAUUGCACAAACGCAGCCGAAGGACCAGGCGCGUGCGACGACGUGGCUUGCUGAGCAUUUGAACGUCCUGCUAGCGUUCGAGAACGCACACAAACAAGGAAGCAUUGUCGGUACGCUACUCCUCUGUUUUUGGAACACCCGAUGCUUCAUUGGGAGGAAGAAGAAACAGAUCGAUCUUGACGCGGAUGACGAACGAGCGCUCGGCGCUCUUUUGAGAUUGAUGAGGGACCGUGUUUCGGGAGCGCUGGAUGGACUGAAAGUGGAUCAGAGGGCUUGGAUGACGCUGGUUGAACAUAAGGCGCUUGUGAAGCAUUUUGUUGUUUCGGCGCUGAAGUUUCGGAUGGGAGAUUGUCGGGUUUUGGAGAUCCUGGCGUUGCUUGUGGGGGUGUUGUAUGCUGGCCAUGCCGGAUCGGAGGUCUCAUCAUUCUCUACUGAGGAGCUAUGCGACAUGAUCACAUCCCACUCGCAAUACACCAUGAUCCUGCAUCUACCGGUGGAGUCGGACACCGCUGCAACGGGAAUUCAAAAGACGCGUCCAUUCUCCAUUCCCAACCCCGCCAAGGCAACUCUGCUGGACUUACUCUUCACGAUAAUGUCCCAAGACCCCAGUCGCUGCUGCAAGCCCGAAUACCUCCCCGCCCUCGCCCAAGCAUACGGAGGUAGCACUGCACCGGCCGAUCGCAACGUCUUGAAAAUCUGGAAGCUUUAUGAAGUUGAUGCUGGGUUGAGCAUUGAUCCGUACGCCUUCCACUGGGGUCAAGCUGUUACGAACUCCCUCAGCGGCCUGAGCGCCGCGGAAAGUAUAACGAGGAUCGACCCGGUGUGGAUGGCACAUACUUGCCAAUGGUUUGUAGCCGAUGAGAAUGUGGAAGUUUCGCGCAGCGACGGCUCAAGUGGCGACAGAGUGUUUUCGUCGAGACAUUCGCCGUCGUACGACUGGAAGUUCUUCCUGCCUCUUGUGGCGGCCAUCUUGGCGCAACAUCAUACCUCGGUCGAUCCUCGACAGUUGGUGGAGUCGAAUGUGAUCGGGUUGGCUGUCAUGGCAUUGUCGAGCCUGAAUGAUAGCACGCGUCGUGCGGGCUACUUCAUCCUCGAUUACGCCUACGAGGUGCUUUUCAAUGCUGAGAUCAAGGAACGGAACCAGGUCAUCCUGGUCCUGGACGGUCUGAGGAAUGCGAUCAUCAACAGGGCAGAUCUGCUCAACGAAGCAAAGCCCGGCGAGACGCAGAGGAUUCCGGGGAUCGUCACGUUGUUUGUCGCGCAGGGUCUGAUGGUGCUGCUGAAGCCGGAGAAUGAGAUGUUCCCUCUUAUCAACCGGUUCUUCUUGCAACGGCCGAUCAUGGAUUUGGAAGACGUGCCCAUGUUUUAUGAUCUGUUCUAUUCGUCGACUACGAAUUGUCGGAAGGAGAGGGUGUGGAUGUUGCGGCUUUUGUGUUGCGGUCUGGAGAGUGCUGCGGACUACCGAUGCUACAAACGGCGUCACGUCCUCGACAUCCUCAUGAGCUUCUUCACCUCCUCAAUGGCCGACACCAUGCUCCGCAAGCUCGUCCUCGAAUUCAUCUUCCGAGCCACGGCCAUCCCCUCCGUCAUCUCCGACAUGAUCACCCAAAGCGGGUUGCUGACAUUCCUGCAAAACGCCGUAGGCGGAUGGGACUUCCACAACGUCUCCAACGAUAUCGCGCUGGGUUUCCCACGGCUGCUGCGCGCUAUCCUGCAAGGGUUCUUGAGAUCUGACCCGGAGUGGCAUGGAGGGCGGAGGAGCUUGUGGCUGGAAGGUAUCGCUACGGUUACCGUCGCGCUGAUACAGUGCGUCACGAGAGCUGCGAAGGGGAAUGUCGAUGCAAAGACGGCACCCAUUUACGGCGAGUUGCUGUUGAGCAUCGGGUGUCUAGUUAAUGACCUCGCGCGCGCGUUUGUAGAAGAGGCAGCCCGGUUCCCAGGGAGGGUGAUCGUAUCGCCCAUAAGCGCAGGGCACGUUGUGACGCUGAUUGGAGUGUUCGAGGAAAGCAUCUGUUUCGUUCCUACGGCUACUAGCAAGAAAUCGACGGUGGGCGACGAAGAUGACAGUUUAUUGACAGAGCUGUCGCUCGAUCUUGACAAAUUGUAUGCGACCACCAGUGGAACUGUCCACCGCGUAUUUGCUCGCGUACGGCUGGAGCUCUUCGCCGCCGCAUGUGCCACGCCCGUUCCAUUCGAAUCCCAAACCACGCUGGAAUCUUUGCUCGGAUUCUGUUUGUCGACCGUCGAUCGUGAACCACAAAUUUGGGACAUCGGGAACAAAGUCUCCUCCAAGACGCCUAGAGUGGAUGACUUCCUCAAGUUCCUCUUGCGCCUCUACCGCGGGUCGCAAAAACAAUCGACAGAAGCGAUCUCUUCGCUGAACGAAGCCUUGCGUUCCGGGCUGGAGCGAUUUGUUACGUUAGCAGGACUAAGCGGCAACACUGACGUCUCCGCCUCCCGCCGUGUGCUCUGCAACGCAGGUCUGGCUCUGUCACGGAAACAAGAACGAAUUUUAUUGGGGAAGCGGAAACGCGACGACGAUGCGCCUCCGACCGAUAGGGCACCUACUCCACGGAAGUCAAAGAAGAAUGGCAAAGCAUCCGUACCGACGACAUCAACGAUCAAGCAGCGGUUGGACUCCGUUCUGGAGAAGUACCUGCCACAGGCUCCUUCUCCGAAGGAUUUGGCAAACAAUGCAGGUGUCACUGCCACGAUCGAUGCGAAGCGUGACGAAGUAAUCGGUCUGGCGCUACGAUGUGAUAGGAUGGGUGGAGGGAUCUCCGAGGAAGUAUUGGCCGGCUUAGAGUAGUCCGUGGCUUCUUCGUAUACAAGCGUAGAUACCCGCAGCGUGUGGGUCUUUUUUUGUUUUUAUUUGAUAGAAAAUAGAUGCAAUGCACUGUAGCUCCGAGUACAACAGAAAU